AUGUGUGAAGCGACGUCCACCACCGCUAAUGAGGGCAGCUUCGCAGAGCUCUCUCCGGAACUUCUUCAAGGAAUUCCGCUACACAUCUGCUUCCAUCGUGGACGCAACUUGUGGAAUCGUGCAGGCAGGGAUCGUUCAGGUGCUUCACAGACGACCCGCCGCUAUUCUUACUUCCUCAGUCAUGCCUGGGCAGCUUCGUCCUGGUCUAAAUACUUCGCUCUCUUAGUUCAUUUCAAUGGUGUGCCUGCAGCAAUGGCUGCCUUCCUCACAGGGCUAAUCCUGGGAAUAUUGACCUCUCUCCAACUCAUGCCUUUCGCCACCUGGAUGCCGAUUCUCGCACACUUAGUGCCAGCAUCAGUGCUGUUCCUUUGGCAAGAUCUCCGGAGAGUUGUUUGCAAUGAUCCCAUGGUCUUCCUCGACUGCGCGUGCAUACCUCAAGGCGAUGACGCCGUGAAGGCAAAAUGUGUCCGGGGACUCUCUUCCUUCCUCCGCCGAUCGGAUAACUUGGUGGUCUUGUGGUCGCCCGAUUUUGUUCGUCGCCUCUGGUGCACGUAUGAAGUGGCCUUCUUCUUGAAACAGAACCAGGCAGAUCAGAUUCUCUUCCUCCCACUGCAAGUGCCAACUCUCUGGUUUCUCAUCUAUCUUGUAGCGGGGAUCACCCGGACGACUUUGUACAUCGCGGAGAUCAUGGAGCUCUACGGUGAGUCUGUUGUCGGCUACCUAGGGAUUGUUGGUGGGGUGUUUCUAGCUCAGCAGCUUACAAUUUGGCCGGCCGUGUACUAUGUCCUGACAAAUAUGCUGCGGGACAUAGCAGAGCUGCCGAAGCAGUUGCACAACUUCCGAGUUCACGAUGCUAGUUGCUCCUGCUGCGCGAAAGGCCAUGUUGAUCCAGUAACGAAGCAGCAAAUUCCCUGUGACCGGAAGCUCAUUUAUGAGGUGCUGGAGAGUUGGUUUCAGCCUGUCAAGUGCGCGGAGGAGGCUCUGGACCAGUUCAAUCUGCAUGUCCGGGAUAGCUUAGCGCCUCAAGUGGAGCGAACAUCCCGGCCGUCUCUCCUGAUCCUGAAGCACGGGGUUGUGGCCACUGCUGUUGCCUGCUUCCCGUAUCUGUCUGCGGACAUCUUCAUGACGGUGGAUCGAGUCAAGAGGCAGACAGCAGGUGCUCUUCUUUACCCAGCCGGGCAACUUUACACGUUUCUGGUGAUUCUCGUCGGGGUGCGUAUCAUGGCGCUGAUUGGAUACUUCGGCCUGCGGUACUCACACCGAUGCUGUCGCGCAGCAGUGCUGGUGGGUCAAGUAGCUCUGCAUGCCUCGUUCACGUUCGUUAUGAUGAUGCUGUGGAUCUCUUGGCACCUCGUCGGAGGGGAGCACAGCCACUUCGCACUCUUCGCGCUUGGCAUCCUCUCCUGCUGCACGGCAUGUGUCCUGUUCCCUUUGAGCAGGGGCUUCUUCAAAUCGAACCACAGCAGCAGGGCUGCUCAGGAAGAGGGGACGCACAACUCCACUGAAGCAGUGCUGCAAGCUAUCACUCGCAACUUACGUGAUCCGCCAGGGUUGCAGCAUGCCCUGGAGAUCGAAUGCAGUCAAAGCCUGAGCCUGGAUAACGACGACUUGAUCCAAGAGUCUGUGUAG